AUGACCGUCUGGGACACAGUCUUCGGAGACUUGAAAGAGCCUAAGAAAGCUGGUAGGAAGAUUCUCUCUGCUAUCCCCGUUAAGGAUAUCGACAUCCUCAGCUGGUCAUAUGGAGACCGCCAGAAAUUGGUCUCCAAGGGAAAUCGCAUUCGGAUCUUUGCGGGAGAUGUGCUCAUCACCGAUAUUUCGAGGCCCUUAUUUCGCGCGACUUCUGAGAUCGCUGCCGUAAUUCUUAGGAAUGGCGAUGUCAAGCUACCCGACGAUACUGACAUAGGUGGUGUUAUUCAAAUUGUCAACCACCUCGAGGCAGUGAUUAAGUUUAAACACAAGCCAAAUCAGUUGUCCAAGAACAUGACGAUGUUGGAAUCUCUGAGCAUUUGCGCUGCUGCGAAUCUUCUCGGGAUGAGUCGUUACGUAGACCACAUCUACAAGAGGUGCGAGGCACUUCUUCGCAAGGGUCUACCCACGUAUGAGAACCUCGACGCAAUCAUUGCAUUUUCGAAACAUCAUGAGCGGCUGUUCAGUAUUGUUGUCAACGAUCUCGCGGUCCACGUUCGGGAUGAUACGAUACCUGAUGUCGAAGAGUUCAAUGCCUAUCUCAUGCUGAACCCAAUUCUCGAUGCCACUAUCAAAGAAGUCAACGAGAAGUACGCUACCAAUCUGCUCCGCCAGGCUGAGCGCGAGGAGCGCCGCAUUCCGUUCUGGGACGAAAAGAAAGCUAAGGCUGCGACUCUCGAGAUCUCUUGCCAGAAAAAGGCUUUAGAAACCAUUCCAAAGGACCGAAAAUUUACGUCGGAAGAGCGCAUGCACUGGCUACGCACCAAGGGUAAACAGCCACCGAAGGGUUGUUAG